CCUUUAAUAUUCUUUUGAAAAACAAGUGGAUAACCUUGAGAAUCCUCAGGGGCCUGGAUGAGUUCUGCACGACACAGUUUAAUUUCAUGGUUAUAUGAUUAUAUUUAAACAGGCUGAUGUCUUUUGUGUCUAUCAGUUAUUAUUUAAACAGUCUGGUAGUCCUACAUAUAUAAAUCUAAUGCAGCAUCUUUCCCUUUUUCCCUCUUACGUCCCAGAACAUGAGCAGUUCACUGGAGCAGGUCGUGGCCCAGAAGAAGGAGGCCAUCGAGGCAGUGAUGGACAUGUUUGAGAAGGGGGCCGAGGUGUUGGCCAGCGCCGUCGGGGAGCUCUUCCCCCUCUGCGAGGCCGCCGCUCCGGUUCUAAAACUGGCCCUGGACAACGUCCACAGCAAAGAGGUCUUCUACGUCAAGGAGCAGUUCCUGACGGUGAGGAACAAACUGGACGUGCUCUCCAGCCAACUGGACGACAUCGACUGUGAGAUCAAGAGGAGCCAGCUGGACUCCCGGUACUUCUCCGUGGAGGAGAACAUCAGGAACCAGUUCCGGAAGUACAUGGACAUCUUGGAGGCCAAACAACAGUUCAAGGAAGUGAAGACCAGACUUUUUCUGGAGCACUUUGCCAAAACCGGAGGCGAGAAGAACUUGUUUGUGCUCUACGACGCUCUGAUGGGCACCAACAGCUUCGGAGAGCCCGUUUUAGAGCUGGUGGAAAGGUAUGUAGCGGGGAACCGCCGUCUCCUGGAGGACUUCUGUGUUCGGAUGAAGGAGCUGUUCUGCCUGGGCCUGAUCGCUCUGCUGGGCCACUGCGCCUUAACCCAGGCCCAAGACGAGGAAGAGGACAAGAUCCAGGAGUGGAGCGCAAAAAUCGAAGAAGUGGAGUCCAGGAUGAAGGCCACCAUCGAGUCUUGUGUGGCUGCUUUCCCGGAGCAAGCCAAACAAGACGCACAGCGCCUCCUGCAGGAAAAGGAAGGAGAAACCCUGCAGGAGACGUCUCGGCAGCUCCUGGAGUUCUUGGUGAAAAAGUACGACUGGGUCAGCUGGUCAGUUCGGCUGAUCAACCACUCGGGGGGCACCUACCGGAACUGGAGGGCGGGGGAGCACUUUCACCACGUGGCGGGUCAGAACUGGUUCGAGGUGCUCCAGGUGAACAACAUCAACCUGGUGGCGUCGUUCAGCACCAAGCCCCGGCCCGUGCCCCGCGACUGCAUCCAGCAGGUGAUGGAGGGUCAGGGGAAGAAGGGGAACGCCCCGGCCGUGGUGGAGGUGCUGAAGAAGCAGCUGUGCGGGUUUGUCGUUCACGCCGUCAGUCGCCACAAGGAGUCCGCGGCCGCAUGGAGCUUCCCAGAGGACUGUCACUACUGGGAGAGACACAAGAACGUGGCCGUGUGCGUCCACUCAGAGUGAAGCUGGUUUAAGGUUUUAAAGCAAAAGACAAAAUAAAACCGCAUGCUCUAGAUGGGUUUAGCUGAGGAUGGAUCAUAGACUGAAAUAGUGAUGCACUGAUCUGAUACUCUCAUUUACUCUUUGUUUUUUGUUUUUUAAAUGCAUCUCAAAUUAUUUGCGACCACAUAAAUAGUGGUUCUAUCAGAUUUAAAAUAUUCAGUCUGAGAAUAUUUUGCACGAGUCUUUAUUAGAUUAUUGAUGUAAAGUGUCAGAUACGUUUAAGUCACCAGAUUAAUUAAAUAAUGGUGAGAAAAGAAGGUUAUUUUUUUUUGUUAAAUUCUACAAGAUAGAUAUUUUCUGUCAAGUAAAGAAAAACUUGGGAACACCUUGAAAAAUCCAAUAUAAAUUAUAAAGAUUAGUGACUCGAACUGCAAGAUUAGGCAAAGCAUCCAGUAUUAAUUUAUAGUAAUAACAGUAAAUGAGUUUAAUUUGAUCCACGUAGCGUCAAUAACAAUACAGAAACCGGAAAACCCCUGAAAGCACUGAGGGAACAGUGGCAAAGAAAUAACGAAGAAACCUUGAACAGAACCAAGAUCAUAGAGACAGAAACAGAAAGAUAAGAGAGGAGAGAAUGAACAAGAGGAUCUGUCAUAAAUAGAUAUAUGUGACCAAAGCAUCUAAGAGAUGAACUGAUGCAGGUUACAUGAGAUUAUUCAUGAAUAAAAAAGAAAGGAUAGAAAUAACAAAAUAUUAGUUGUGGAAAUGGAAAAGGCCGAGUAAAACAGCCAAUGACAAGCUACUUCCAACUAGAAGCUUUAUUAGAAAAGGAAAAUUUGAAGCCUUGUACCUUAAAAAUAGAGCGAGAGGACGUCUGCAUCCAGGACUCAAAGUGAGAGCUGGAAGCUGAAGACGCUGCCUCCUCAUCUACUAUUUGAAAUUCUGGGACUGUAGUGGCUGUUUGUCUCAAACUAAUGACAAAAAAGGUAAAAAAAAAGACUUCAUAAAUAAACUAAAUUCAGAUUUAGAUCAGACAGGAAUUGAGAGAAAAAAGUCCAUUAUGUGGGCAAAAAAACGAUAUCUGGUGAGGUUUAUUUAGAAACAGAAAAAACAAACAGAACCGUUCCAAGGGCCGAGCUCACCUGUUCAUUUUAUGACCUCACCUGGUUUGCCCCAGUUAUCUAAUGCCUUCAAAAUAAAACCAUUCACAACUAAAAACAGAAAUGCUAAUAUAUUUAUAAACCUAUGUGUCUAAGCUUGAACCCAAACAAAGAAAAAUAAAUAACUAAUGUAAAACAAGAUUAUAAAAGAAUAACUUCUGUUCUAUUACUUUAAGAAUGAAGAGGAGCACUGGCAUCAAAUCUGACAAAUACCUCGAAUUUCUAAGGAUAGAAAACAUCAGAUCAGUCCAUCACUGUGAGAAACAAACUGAUUCACAUUUUGUAUUUAUUUCAUUUAACUGCAAAUAUACUUUUUCUAUGUGCUGCCAGGGGUUUGUCUCUAUAUUUAAUACUAAACUAAAUGUAAAUGUAUUCUAGCUCUUUAAAUACUAACCACUUGUGUCUCUGUGCAUCUAUAUGAUUCCUCACUAACAGUUUAAUGUUACGCUUUAGCUGCCUACAGUAAUAAUCGAGCCCCCCCUCCCAUCGGGAAUCACAUUCUGCACCUUCAGCUCUGAGGAGAUGGGCGUCUUUUUGCUGAGGCUGCAUCCACAGAGUCGUGCUCCCAUUUCAUCUCAGCUCAGCGCGCUGGCCUACAUAACUCUGACAGGGAUGUUUCCAGGCGUGAAAAAAAAAAUGUAAAAAAAACAAAAAACUAAACGUCCUGGAGACGAGACGCCGUGCCUUGUGUUCUAAAUCCAGUCAAACCCUCCAGAACGUCGCUGCAAACCAGUGC